UCUAUAUACUCUCUCUCUCUUCCAUCACAUCUUUCUGCGAAAACCUAAUCAGAGAGGAUCUGUGGGUGAGAAGAAUUAAGGACGGAGCUCUCGGUUAUUGCAUUUUGGCAAUGGCGGAACACUUGGCCUCUAUAUUUGGGACGGAAAAGGACAGGGUGAACUGCCCGUUCUACUUCAAGAUCGGCGCGUGCAGACACGGGGACCGUUGCUCCCGUCUCCACACCAAGCCUAGUAUAAGCCCGACGCUGCUGCUCUCAAACAUGUACCAGCGCCCCGACAUGAUCACCCCCGGCGUCGAUGCUCAGGGUCAACCCAUCGACCCCAAAAAGAUGCAAGAACACUUUGAGGAUUUUUAUGAAGACUUGUUUGAGGAACUGAACAAGUAUGGAGAGAUAGAGAGCUUGAAUGUUUGUGACAAUCUGGCUGACCAUAUGGUUGGUAAUGUUUAUGUCCAGUUUAGAGAGGAAGAGCAUGCUGCAAAUGCUUUGAAGAAUCUGACUGGAAGAUAUUAUGCAGGACGACCUAUUAUUGUCGAUUUCUCUCCAGUGACAGAUUUUCGUGAAGCCACCUGUAGGCAGUAUGAGGAGGAUGCCUGCAACCGUGGUGGGUACUGUAACUUCAUGCAUCUGAAGCGGAUUAGCAGGGAGUUGAGGCGCCAGCUGUUUGGAAGGCACAGGAGAAGGCAUAGCAGAAGCAGAAGCAGAAGUCCCUAUAGGCACCGUAGCUAUGAAGAACGCUCUCAUGGAAGUCGCAGUCACAGCAGAAGGCAUGAUGAUCGGGAUUACCAUGACAGUCGGAGCAGGAAGCACAGAAGCACAAGUCCAAGCCGUAGGAGGGGUAGAAGCCGAAGCCCGGGUGGCAGGAGGGAUCGCAGUCCAGUCAGGGAAGGAAGUGAAGAGAGACGAGCUAAAAUUGCACAGUGGAACAGAGAGAAGGAAGAGGCGGAACGUGCUAGCAAGGCAAAUGCGGGUGGUGAUGUCGAUAAAAAAGAAAAUGACAACCACGGGUAUGUGGAGAGUGGAGAUCAUAACCGUGGCCAGGACCCACCGCAGCAGAAUGGAUAUGGGUAUUGAUGAUAUCGGCAUGUUAUCAUCUUGGCUGUGCUCGUACAAAAUUUGGAAUAUUUUGGGGGAGGCUUCCCAUUUUGUCAGGAUACUUCAAUUGAUGUUAUAGGUAACGAACAUAGAAUGUAGAUGCUAAAUUUUAGAAAGAUUGUAACACACACCCAGCAAACUGGAUAUUAGGUCCUUUGGUGAACAUAACAAUACUUUUCAUGAAUCUUCUUGUGCAUUAUUCUUAUUUGGCUGUUCUGAGUUACCUCUUCCAUAAUGCCAUAGGCUCUCUUAACAACUAUAAAUCACCUUUCAAUAUAUAAGGCAACAUGUGUCAACAUGUGUCAUUCACGUUAUGCUCCAGCUCUCAGAAAAUCCUGUCUCUACCGGGUGUUAUCUAGGCAAAGUAUGAGUUAUUCAAGUAAAUACAAGUUCUUGCUUGCAUGCAUGUUUAUCUUUUCAUCUACUACUGCUUGUGUGUUUGUGCGUGCAGUCAGGUAUCCUGUACUCCCACAACAAAUUCUACUCUUGUGAGUUUUUAAUUAUUUGUCCAAUUUCUUACAAUGGUUAUUCAGAGUUACAAUCUCACCGGAUUACAAGUUUUGCAGGUCCAGGUUCCCUGCUUAUAAAGAAGUUGAGCACUGAUUUUAAUGAUUGCUUACCAUGGAAUUU